GGAUUCUCCUUCUAAACUGAUCUACGCCGUGAUCGCUUAGCUGCAAACGAUGGAGGAGCCGAGGAGACCGAGCAUCGCACCUGGUGGUGAUGUAGGAGAAAAAGAUGAGCCUUCAGUUGCAUGUGUCCAAGAAGUUGUAGAAGUUGAUCCUGUUCCCAAGCCACAGGCUCAACAUGAAGAAAAUGAAAGAAAAGCCCGGGUUAAUGCUGUAUGGGAACAACUAAAUAAGGGUGUAUCAAUUAAGAUUCCUCAGUCAUUUACGAAGCAGCCUGCUUCAGCUGGUAAAAAGAUGGAGCAGAAGACUUCCCAUAGUUGGAUGACUGCUCUUGGACUGGUGCCCAAGAAGGCAGGAUCACCUGGGCAAGACUCACCACAAAAGAGGCCUAGUGUUUCACAUAACGGUACUAGUGAGGAGGCCAAGAAACUUGCUGCUGCUGCCUUAUUGGCUGUCAAGGAUGCUACUGCAGCGGCUGCCAAUGCUGCCAUGAACAGGGGAAAAAUAGAGAUCAAGGAGGUCCGAGACUUCGCUGGUCAGGAGAUUGAAGUGAAGAAACUUGUUGAUGCCGACUCGGAGGAGGCAGCUGAAAAAGCCAAAGCUUCUGCUGGACCAGUCUCUGCUGUUGAUGCCGUUCUUGAACAGAUCAAGAAGAAACCAAAACUUAGCGUGCUUGACAAGACAAAAAAGGACUGGGGAGAGUUCAAGGAAGAAAACAAGGGGCUGGAAGAUGAGUUGGAUGCCUACAAGAAGAGUUCCAACCAAUAUCUGGACAAGGUUUCCUUUUUGCAGAGAGCUGACUACCGGGAAUUUGAGCGGGAACGGGAUUCUCGUCUGGCUUUGCAGGCCAAGAGGAGGCCGGACAUGCGAGAGGAACCAUAGCUCUCUUAUCAGUUUAAUAUGCCAGAUUAUCUGAAUGCUCUUUGGUGAAGUGGAACUGCUACUUUUGCCUAAAGGGGUGCAAAAUGGCUAGAGGUCCGGGAAAGGAUAGAGGUUGCAGAUUAUUAUAUGGAGGAAGAAGGCCCUCAUAUUUUUUUAUGGAGACACUGCAUGGAGUGCAUGUGCAUUUAGAGAUCCCUUCAACAUUGUUUGUUCUCCUGAGGACUCUUCAGGAGUCUAAUGAGCAAAAUUCGACUGGAAAGAAAUGAUAGAAGGCUGUUGUCCAUUAAGCCAAAAAUUGUA